CUGCGCACAUUGGACUAUGCAACAUGAUGGCGGGAGUGGGGCUAGAAAUCGACCACUUUAGAUAUUAAUGUAAGCUUAUAUGUUGUUGAACAAGGUCGUGCAACUUAUAAAUAAUUGCAAUGUCACGCCAGAAAUUUCAUAAUGAAAAUCCUCCCAUCGGGGAGGACACAAGAAUCGCUGUGAAUUUGACGAUGAAGAAAUUAUUGGAGACCCCAGAUCAGAAAGAAGUACAGUUUCCAUCAUCGUAUACGGCAGAAGAAAGAAUCUAUAUUCAUAAAUUUGCGUAUGAUCUUGGAUUAAAAUCUAAAACUAGAGGUAAACGUCCAAAUCGUUUUUUGACUGUUUACAAGAGAGAAGGUUCCACUAUAGUACAAGCGGAUGCUGUAAUAAAAUUACAAAAACAAUCGAGACAAAGUAUUUAUAAUUUACUGCAAAGUUUUCCUCUAAAUCACAAGGAAUGUCAGGAUUUAUUGCCACCUGUCGAGCGUGAAAGGCCUCUUAAUACAGAUGUUUCUGUGAAUACAAAUACUAAAGCUAUGGGUAGAUUAAACAACAGUGUACCUCAAGUACCGCAAUUAAAAACUAAUCUUGACGUGCUGAACUUUCGCAAAUCCCUUCCAAUUUUUAGUGUUAGAGAAGAUAUUCUUAACGCAUUGAACACCAAUGAUGUUGUGAUAAUAGGAGGUGAAACCGGUUGUGGUAAAACUACCCAGGUUCCUCAAUUUAUACUUGAAAAUUGCCAACAGAGGCAUCAACCUUGUAGAAUAAUUUGUACACAACCAAGACGACUAUCGGCUGUUUCUGUGGCUGAGAGAGUAGCAUUUGAAAGGGAUGAAAAGAUCGGUCAAACAUUUGGCUAUCAAAUAAGACUCGAGAGUAGAGUAGCUCCAAAAACACUUUUAACAUACUGCACUAAUGGUGUAUUACUCAGAACUCUUAUGGCAGGUGAUUCCGCUUUAAGUACCAUGACACAUAUUAUCGUAGAUGAAAUACACGAACGCGAUAGAUUUUGUGACUUCCUUUUAAUUGCACUUAAGGAUGCACUGAUGAAGCAUAGCUCUUUAAAACUCAUACUUAUGAGCGCUACGGUGGACGUCAACAUUUUUGUCAAAUAUUUUAGAAAGUGUGCAGUCAUCAAUGUAAUGGGUAGAACAUUUGACGUAGAUACAUAUUAUCUUGAAGAUGUUUUGAAAAUAACUGGAUACAUGACAGAAGGAAUGCUUGCUUCAAAGGAGAAGCUUAUGAAGAAAAAUGAUGUGCGUAAAAUUUUAGAUUCUUGGAUUCAGUACAAGCCUCAGCAAUCAAAUUCAAGUACAAUGAAUGAAAGGUCUCGGUUGCCUGCUGCAAUUUUAGAUCAACAAUGCGAACCAAUUCCAGAAAAAGUGAAAUUAGUGCCAUGGUUAAUAGAAGAAAUGGAUAAAUGUAUUUCUGAUGCAUGGUUAAAGGGUGGUGAAGAACAUUUCUCACAGCUUUUAUAUUUUAUACUUUCUAAAAAUGUGUCUGUAGACUAUCAACAUUCCAUAACGUCUUCAACUCCACUUAUGGUCGCUGCAGGUAGAGGAUGCCUGAAUACUACGGAACAACUUUUAAAUUUAGGUGCAAAUUUAAAUUUACGAGCUGCCAAUGAAUGGACUGCGUUAGACUGGGCGAAAAAUAUGAAUCAAACUGAAUGCGCAGAGUUGAUAGAAGCCUAUAUGAAAUCUUACCAUUGUUCAUUGCAAGACGACGCAAUAGCGCAAGCAAAAGAUGUCUUGCUCUCAGAAGAAGAUAAACUUCUGUUAGAUGCUUACCAUCACACAUUUGAUGAUGACAAUAUUAAUUACGAUCUUCUCUUACAAUUGAUUAUGUACAUUCAUUUGAAAAUGCCGUCUGGUGCCCUUUUAGUGUUCUUGCCAGGUUAUGACGACAUUGUCACCAUGAGAGAAAUGAUAAAUAAUGAAGAGAAAGAAAUGAAUCAGAAUUUACGAUACGUUUUGUAUGGUCUGCAUUCAAAUAUGCAAACUUGUGAUCAAAAGAAAGUAUUUAAACCAAGUCCUCAGGGAACUAGGAAAAUUAUUCUUUCAACGAAUAUAGCUGAAACAAGUAUUACAAUUGAUGAUGUUGUGUAUGUAAUUGACUCGGGUAAAGUCAAAGAAAAAUCUUUUGAUGCCCUAUCAGGAGUGUGCAUGCUUAAAUCUAACUGGAUCUCUCAAGCUUGUGCCAAGCAGCGUAAGGGUAGAGCAGGAAGAUGCAGAAAAGGAAUUUGUUAUCGUUUAUUCUCAUCGAUUCGAUACAACAACAUGCAGCCGUAUCAAACAUCAGAGAUUUUAAGGUUACCUUUGCAAGAAUUAUGCUUGUUUACAAAACAUCUGGCACCAGCCAACACACCGAUUGCUGAAUUUUUGGACCGAGCUAUAGAACCACCCACUAGCGUAGUAACAAGAAAUGCAGUACAAUUACUCAAAACCAUCGACGCUUUAGACCCAUGGGAAGAUCUGACCGAAUUAGGGAGCCAUUUACUGGAUUUGCCAGUGGAACCACGACUUGGAAAAAUGUUAUUGUACGCUGUUGUCUUGAAAUGUUUGGAUCCUGUAUUAACCAUCGUAUGCAGUUUAGCUUAUAAGGAUCCCUUUGUUUUACCUUCGCAGCCAUCGCAGAAAGGAGCUGUUAACGUAGCUCGCAAAAGGUUUGCCACUAACACAUAUUCUGAUCAUAUGGCUGUGUUACGUGCUUUUCAAGGUUGGCAAAAUGCACGUGCAAGUGGCAAGGAACGUUUGUUUUGCGAACAAAAUUUUAUUUCUGCCGCUGUAAUGGAAAUGGUAUUUGGAAUGCGCACACAACUUCUUGGUCAGCUUCGCGCGUCUGGAUUUGUUAGGGCAAGAGGUCCAGGAGAUAUUAGAGAUUUGAAUUCUAAUUCAGAGAAUUGGGCAGUAGUGAAAGCAGCUUUAGCUGCUGGUCUGUACCCAAAUUUAAUACGAGUAGAUAGGGAGCACAUGCAACUAAGAACACAGAAAGAGGUGAAAGUGUUCUUACACCCAUCGUCGACCCUGAGGGACUAUUCGAAGUCAUCGAGAACGGAAUCUUCACAGACACAUGCAUCUUAUGUUGAGUCAUUGCCUUGUGAAUGGUUGCUCUAUGAAGAAAUGAGUCGCACAGGUCGUUUUUGCCACGCGAAAAUGGUUACGCUAGUUAAUCCACUAACAGUAGCAUUGUUCUGUGGACCAUCACGGUUGUCAGUGGAUGUAAUUUAUGAAGCAGAGACUGCGCCAGAAAGCGAAUCAGAUUCUGAAGUUGACGAAAAUAAUGAAGGAACAAUUUUCAAGCUUGAUGAUUGGGUAGUAUUUAAAUUAGAUCCUGAGACCGCACAAUUUUUCUUACAUUUAAGACGAAAAUGGAACGCUUUGUUCUUAAGGCGUAUGAAGACGCCAAACAAAGCUAUGUCACAGUUGGAUGAAAAGGUAGUCAGUACAUUAGUAAGUGUAAUUACAAAUGAAGAACAAGCAUGUGGGCUGCAGCAACCGUCUGGUAUUGGUCAACGACCACGUCCAUCGAUUGUUGACUACUAUCCUGCCAAUCCUAGAAGGACAGAUGAUUAUGUAGAGGUAAAUAUUUAUAUUUGUUAA